AUGGAAUGCAUCUCAACCCCAAAGUACUCACUAUCAAUCAAUGGUACACUUCAUGUAUGUUUUCAAGGUGCAAGAGGACUUAGACAAGGAGAUCCAUUAUCCCCCUACCUAUUUGUAAUUGGAAUGAAGUAUCUAUCAAGGAGGCUGGAUUUUCUUAAGGAAGACAGGUUAUUUAGAUUUCAUCCCAAAUGCUCUAGAAUAAAAAUUACUCAUCUACUAUUUGCAGAUGACCUUCUAUUAUUUUGCAAAGCUGACAUGAACUCAGUUUCAAGAUUAAAUGAUUGUCUUAAGGAAUUCAGUCAAGUCUCUGGUUUGGAACCAAACUCUGCCAAAUGCUCAUUAUAUAUGAGUGGUAUUGGUGAUGAUUUGAAAGUUCAGAUAAGCUCCUAUCUCAACUUUCCAGAAUGUGUUCUCCCUAUAAGAUACUUGGGUGUUCCUCUUAUCUCAAAGAGGCUCUCAUGGCUGGACUGCUCUCCACUUAUAAACAAAAUAUCAGAACAAUUUCAAAGCUGGCAAAAUAGAAGAACUCUGUCCUAUGCUGGCAGAUUGCAAUUGAUCAAGUCAGUUAUUCUAGGAAUUCAGAUUUUCUGGACUAGCAAUUACAUAUUGCCAAUCAAAGACCUGGAGCAUGGAGGACUUAGAGUUUUUUCUGCAAAUGUAUGGAAUCAUGCUUCUGCUGCUAAACUCCUUUGGUUAAUUCAUCUCAAAAAAGACAUUCUUUGGAUCAAAUGGGUGCAUGGAAACUACCUAAGACAAAAUAAUAUUUGGCAAGUUCAAGUAAAGGAAAAUGAUUCAUGGAUGUGGAAGCAGCUACUAAGAGUGAGGGAUUUGUUGAUAGGAAAAUUUGGAAAUGUUGAUAAUCUUCUAAAUGUUGUUGCUGGAUAUUGUGUCAAUGGUUCAAUCAGUAUUUCUUCAGUGUAUAGAAAGAUAAAUCAGCAAGCUCCUCCUAUGAUGCAGCAUAAACAUAUGGAAACCUGUGAGCACCUCUAUUUUGAAUGCCAAUACUCUGCAACUGUUUGGAAUAAGAUCAUGGAUUGGCUUAGCUACAGAUGGAAAUCUUGCAAGUGGAAUCAAUUAACAACAUGGUAUAGUAAUCUAAAAGGGAUUGGUUUUAAGAAAAAAUUGAAGAGGAUGGCUUUGUCGGCUGCUGUUUAUCUAAUAUGGCAGGAGAGAAACCUCAGAAUAUUUCAGCACAAAGCUAGAGACCCUGAAAAGCUUUUUCGUGUAGUGAAGAUUACAAUUUUUGCAAAAAUUUUGAAUGAAGACAUCCCAAAUCAUGUUAGGGAUUAUAUAGAGAGUUUAUAG